AUGGCAGCUGAAGAAACUAGAAAACCAGAGGCUACUGCCAUUGAUAAUGUUGCUGCCAUUUUUGGGGUAACUGGGUUAGUUGGUAAGGUACUUGCCAGAAAGCUAAUAUCAAAACCCAAAUGGAAGGUUUACGGUAUAGCUCGAGCUCCUGAUCAUCAGAUCAUACCCGUUGAUCAAAGUUGUUCAAACUUCCAUUUCAUCCAGUGUGAUUUGCUAAACCCUUUGGAAACCCAGAAAAGACUCUCCUUGUUACAAGAUGUGACUCAUGUGUUUUGGGUCACUUGGGCAAGCCAGUACCAAUUGGAUAGCAUUGAGUGCUGUGACCAAAACAAGGCCAUGCUGUCCAACGCCUUGGAUGCCAUUAUUCCUGGUGCCAUGGCAUUGAAACAUGUUACUCUUCAGACUGGGAUGAAGCAUUAUGUGUCGCUGCAAGGCCCUUUCGAUGAAAAUGAAGCUCGAUACUACAAUGAGGAGUCUCCGCGAGUGAAACCAGGCUGCAACUUCUAUUAUGUUCUUGAAGACUUGCUCAAGGAGAGGCUACAUGGUAAGACAGCUUGGUCUGUGCAUAGGCCUGGUUUGCUAAUUGGUAGUUCUUCUAGGACAUUGUACAAUUUUAUGGGUAGCUUAUGCGUUUAUGGGACUAUUUGUAAGCAUUUAAAUCUCCCUUUUAUGUUUGGAGGGACUAAAAAGUGUUGGGAAGAGACUUGUAUUGAUGGCUCAGAUGCAAGGCUAGUAGCUGAUCAGCAAAUUUGGGCAGCCACCACUGCUGAUUUGGAUGAAAAUGGCCAUUCGUUUAAUGCAAUCAACGGUCCAAGUUUUACAUGGAAGGAGAUCUGGAAAGCUGUUGCAGGAAAGCUUGGAGUACAAGUAUCAGAAGAACACACAUUUUCUGAGGACUUCUGGUAUUCAAAAGCCAUGGCUGACAAGCAACAAGUCUGGAAACAAAUUGUAGCAGAAAAAGGGCUGAUUGAAACUGAGAUGGACUAUUUGGCCAAUUGGGAUUUCUUGGAUGUUCUGUUUCGCUGCCCGGUUAAGAUUUUGGGGACUCGAGACAAAGUUGAUGGACUUGGUUUUGAUGUAAGGUACCAGACAGUGGAUUCCAUCAUGUAUUGGAUAGACUGUAUGAGAGAUGAGAAGCUAAUACCUUAA